CUACAAUGAAUUAUGUUGUUUGGCUAAGAUUUGACCACGUGUCUGGAUUUCAUUUGAUCUAAAUGGAUACUCCUGGGGCCCACAUGGAUAGACUCAUGGACACGCUCAUGUGAAGCCAUAGCAGCACCAACCACAAAGAGAGAGUGACAGAGAGAGAGAGAAGAGAAAGGUAGAGAGAGAGAAGAGAAGAGAAGAGAAAGAGAGAAAUAAAUGGCGUCUAAGCUCUGCGACUCGUGCAAAUCGGCGACGGCGGCGUUGUACUGCCGUCCGGACGCGGCGUUUCUGUGCUUGAGCUGUGACUCGAAGGUCCACGCGGCGAAUAAGCUGGCGUCGAGACAUGCGCGCGUGUGGGUGUGCGAAGUGUGCGAGCAAGCACCAGCACACGUGACGUGCAAAGCAGACGCGGCUGCUCUCUGCGUCACGUGCGACCGAGACAUCCACUCGGCUAACCCCUUGGCACGCCGCCACGAGCGCGUCCCCGUCACGCCUUUCUACGAUUCCGUCUCCGGCGCCGAUGGCUCCGCCAAACACACCGCCGUCAAUUUCCUAGAAGACUGUUACUUCUCCAAUCUAGACGGAAACGCUAACCGUGAGGAAGAGGAGGAGGCGGCGUCGUGGCUGCUCCCGAAUCCGAAGACGACGGCGCUAGCUACUGCGGCUGAGGCGGUACCGGGAGAUAGCCCGGAGAUGAACACGGGCCAACAAUACCUGUUCUCGGAUCCGGAUCCGUAUCUGGAUCUGGAUUACGGGACUGUUGAUCCGAAGCUGGAAUUGCAGGAGCAGAACAGCUCCGGCACCGACGGUGUUGUUCCGGUGGAGAAUCGGACGAUUCGAGGCCCGGCGGUGAACGAGAACUGCUACGAAUUGGAUUUCACGGGAGGAUCCAAAGGCUUUACUUACGGUUACAACUGUAUCAGCCACAGCGUAUCAUCAUCGUCGUUGGAAGUGGGAGUGGUACCAGAUGGCGGCUCGGUGGCGGACGUAUCGUACUCUUACUGUGGUGCUGCAACCAGUGGAACCGAGCCGGGAAGCCAGCGGGCAGUGCCGUUGACGUCAGCAGAGAGAGAGGCGAGGGUAAUGAGGUACAGAGAGAAGAGGAAGAACAGGAAGUUCGAGAAGACGAUAAGGUACGCUUCACGGAAAGCGUACGCGGAAAUGAGACCGAGAAUCAAGGGACGGUUUGCGAAGCGGACGGAUACCGGCGAGAGCAACGACGUGGUUGGCCACGGCGGUAUCUUUAGCAAUUUCGGACUUGUACCUACAUUUUAGAGAUUUGAGAGAUACGACUCUAAAAUGAGAGGGGGUUUGUUUGGUGUUUAUUUUUAGUAAUAAGGUUUUAACGAACUUUUUUUAAUUAAAGAGCUGUUUGUUUUUUUAUUGAUGUUAUGUGAGGGGAAAGAGGAGGACAGGAGAGUGGGUGGUGUUUUGCAUUAACUUGUCUUUGUAUAUAUCAUGUGAUUUUGAAACGUGUUUUGUGUAUGUAAUGUCUCUAUUUCCUAUUUGAUUCGAGGGCAUAAUUUAUAAGUUCCUUUUGUGUUUUUCGCCAUCAAAAUUUGGAACUGUUAAUGAUCUCGUAUGUGAAGUUAGAGGUUAAAUUGUGUAUGCAA